UUCACAAAACAAAAUGCAAAAACUUGUCAAGACAACAGGAACGAGGCUGGUUUGCCACGAAAGACAAAAUCUGAAUUGAAGUGGAAACAAAUGGGCCUAAGGUCAUGUUCAUAGAAGAAGAUACACUAGCAGUUUCCGGCUUCACCUGAGCAAUCAGAUUGGCAACGAUAACUAAUUUGAAGAUGAACACAUGGGUUCUGAAUUUCGCAAAUACCAUCGUCGGUGUUGGUGUUCUGGCUAUACCGUUUUGUUUCCAUGUAUGUGGAAUAGGUAUAGCUGUUUUGAUGAUAUUAGCAACAAAUGUUGUGACAAGAAAGACUUGUGAAUAUUUAUUGAAGGCAGGACAGUUGACAAGAAAAAGUGGUUAUGAGUCACUAGCUCAACAUCAUCUUGGGCCAUUGGGUAAAAUAGUCACAGAGUUAGGAAUAAUUGGCCUGAUGCUUGGCACAUUGAUUUCAUUUCAAGUAGUAAUUGGUGACUUGUCUCCAGCUUUGAUCAGUAAUGCUCUUGGAAUUGAAGAAACAUGGAGUCUUAGAACUAUGCUAAUGUGCUUAUCGUCACUUGGAGUGAUACCCUUGAGUCUCAUGAGAAAUAUUAGCAGUCUUGCUAACAUGAAUGCAAUGUCUAUGGGAUUUUACUGUAUUUUUAUUUUUGUGGUAUUUAUCAUGUCACUGAAAAAUAUUUUCUCUGGAUUGUGGACAGUUCAUGUUAAUUUCUGGAGACCAGAAGGGUUUUUCCAUUGCUUACCAAUCAUUUCACUUGCAUUUAGCUGUCAAAGCCAAGUUUUUGUGAUGUAUGAAGCAAUACCAGAGCAGUCAGUGAACAUAAUGAUGGAUAUAAUCAACAAAGCAAUACACAUGGUUACUGUCAUGUAUUUAUCGGUUGGUAUCUUCGGCUAUAUUGCUUUCUAUGAAAGUGGAAUCAGGGGUGACAUACUUGCCAAUUUCCCAAGUGGUGUAUUAGCUGAUGCAAUAAAAACAGGUUUCUGGGUGUCUGUGAUAAUCAGUUUCCCUCUGAUCAUAUUCCCACUUCGCAUGUCUCUGUAUUCGCUGCUUUUCGCAAACAACAAAAACCAUGGGCAGCAGCUGGUAGCCAGUGCUCCUGGAUACAUUCCUCAAGACAAAUUCACUGCUUUAACUCUGGUAAUAGUUGUCGGGACCCUCAUUGUUGGUAUCCUCAUUCCACACAUUGAGACAGUUUUAUCAAUAACUGGAGCAGUCAUUGGAACAUUCCUGUGCUUCGUAUUUCCCGCUGCACUUUACAUAUUGUCAACAUCUAAGGAAAAUAGUUCCCGCUUAACUGCAAAGGUAAUAUUUGUUGUUGGCGUGAUUUGCUUGGUUGCCAGUACUUUGGCAGUUCUGUCUGCGAACGAUACACACAUGGAUACAGAGCACAAAGAACACCCAGGACAUGAAAAUAGCCCACCUGAUGCAAAUAUGGUUGCCAAACUUGCGAAGCCUUUCCAAAUGCCAGGGAACAUUGAUAUCAAAGGCCCUGAUAAAGAGUCUGGGAAUAUUGAUAGAGGGAAGGAAGCUGCUGGAGAGAAAGGAGGAAAGAUACCGGAUGUCGACGUUGAGCAGCGAGAAGAGGAUAAAAAGAAGGUGAAGAUGAUUGAAUUAGAGAACGAUCCAAAGAAAAUAGAAGAAUCUAAACUUGAAAUUGCAAAGCAAGAAGAACCUUUCAAACAAAAUGCAAAAAUAGUUCCAGAGGAGGUAGAGGAUGGUGGUAGAAAAGACACGGUCCUAGAAACAUCUUUGCCAGUGACAAUUUCUCAGCCUAAAGCCACAAGCAAGGGAGACGAUAAGAUAAAAUCGUUGAACGAAGCUGCUUUGGUUCGCGAAAACAAGGACCAAGCAGCCGCUGAAAAAGACGAUAGGAACCGGAUAAAAUCUCGUGAAAUAAAAACUUUAAAUGAGAUGCAAGAAGUUGUGACAAAGACAAGUGAACAGAAUAUAGAAAAAACUUUUGUCAAUGCUACUAGCAGGCCCGAGCCUGAAACAGCAAACACAGUUAUGGAUUUAACGGGAACCAAAACGCCUGCGACGCAAAACAAGGUCAACGAAAAAUCUGAUAUCAAAGGUACAAGGUAGUAAACAGCCAUCUAGAGAAUUUUGUAGACACGGGGCAAUCAUACCAUCAGUUCACGGGACAAACUAGAAGAUGGGAAGUUGGUCAUGUUAUCAAAUGGAGAAGUUGAUAUUAACGAUGUUAAUUUGUAUGCAAGAAUUUCACAGGAAACUGAUUUCUGGAUAUCACACCGGGACUGUCUUGUUCUGAAAUAUAACUGAUGUAAAUUGGCAAUUGCCCAGGAUAAGUGCACUGGCUACGAAUGUCGACAAAUAGAAUAAGUAUACGACCAGAGCCACCAAUUCGUCAUUUCCUAGCGUGUUAAAUAAUAAUUAAAAACUACCAAUGGCAGUUUCAAAAAUAUUUUAUAUUUUCAUAUUUUUGAUACUGCCGUUGGUAGUUUUUAUUUAAGGUCAUAUUGUUUAAUAGAACUUCUGCAAAUCGACUUGUAAUUUAGGCCAAUUCUUAGCUCAUAUUAUUUGUUUACUUCCCCUAUAAAUUUGAUGACAGAAAUGAUACUCUUACUAUGCUAUCAUAAUAUAGAUUAAGUAUUAAGGCAAUACGAACGUAUUAAAACAGUGAUACUUUUGGUAUUGCUCGUUUCACUCACUAAGCUUCCCUGUAUUCUCUAACUAGUGAAUUAUCAUGUAAUAACUUCAAAUCUGAGCUUCGUUUUCUUAACAUUCUGAAAGUAUGUUUCUUCAUCGCAAAAUACGUAUAAUAACGCCUAUCUUUAUUUUUUCAUUCUUAUUUGUUGUCCAAAUCAAGAAAUGAGUCAAAUUUUUAUGCUCGCCGCUUAGUAUAACUUUCCCCUCUAUUGUUUUUCGUUCCUGAACAAUUUAAUAUGCUUUAACUUUUGAAAUUGUUGUUUAAACGGGAUAGGCAAAGAGCAGUCUAGAUUUUAAUGUUUCUAGGCACUUAAAGGUAGACGUUAGACGUGUUUGGCUCUUAUCAAGGAGUUAGUGGGACAAAUAGAAUCAUAAAGUUCAUGAAGUAGUCUGGGUGAUCCGUUAUCUAAAUGUUCUUCGAAUUCAAAUGUGAAACAAUUUGCACCGUUGUAUUUGUGCGUUGUAAUGACCUUUUAACUAAAACAUUCCGAAAAUGAAGGCAGAAAC